AUGAACUGUUUCAUCAUAGCUCUUCUUUGUUAUAUUGCUUCAGCAGUUCGUCCAAUUGUCAACGGACCAACUUCCCUUAAUGCAACUAAAUGUCUUUAUGAAGAAUCAUAUCCAAAAGUAGCUGGUUUUGUUGGGUUUAAUUUCACUGGUAGAAAAAAUGAGAAUGCUUACAAAAAUAACGUCAACCUUAUUACUGCUGGAUUUAUGAGAGAAAACAUCUUUGUUGUUUUCAGAGUUUGUGCUACUUGUGGAACUAUUCAAGGUCAAUGGAAUUCUUUCUUAAGAUCAACUGCUCAUAUGCAAUUUGAACAUAUUAUUUUUGAAGUUAGAAAACAAUAUUGGUAUUCUUCUGAAAUCUGGAAUAGAAUGGCAUUUGACCAACUUAUGAACGUUACUGCUGACUAUCCAAAGAGUAAAUACCUUCUCCUUAAUCAAGAAGAAUGGAACAGUAUGUUCUAUCUUGAUUAUAUUGUUCCAUACACUAACAAGUUUAAAUUAAUUUACAGCGUUCCAUCUGGAUCUUGUUCUGACAAAUAUGACUUUAUUCCAUUUGCUGGUUAUAACAAUUACGCUUACAAAUAUAUUGAACAUUUACAAACUUCUUGUGGAACUUCUUACAACAUUCUCUGUUAA